UCUACUGUUUCUUGCUUCUGGACUCCAGAAGCAAAAACAGUAGAUUUUAGCGAUUCCUUUGGCAUAGCAUCCUAUUGGCGCUACAAAAUCUGCAUCCAGUUCACACAAGAUGGUAGCGAGCAAGAUGAUGGUGGCGAAGGAGGCGAUCCCACUGCUGACGCCGCACAAGAUGGGGCGGUUCGAGCUCUCACACCGGGUGGUGCUCGCGCCGCUCACGCGCUGCAGCUCCUAUGCCAACGUGCCACAGCCGCACGCCGCGGCGUACUACUCGCAGCGGGCCACCAGGGGCGGCCUCCUCAUCGCCGAGGCCACCGGCGUCUCCGCCACCGCGCAGGGGUACCCGGAGACACCCGGCAUCUGGACGCAGCAGCAGGUCGACGCCGUCCACCGCAAGGGCGCUCUCUUCUUCUGUCAGCUUUGGCACGUCGGGAGGGUCUCCACCAACGGUACAUUCCUUUCCUAAGAAAUUCAUGCUAUUUUGUGUUGCUAAACUAUAUGAUCCCCAUGAUCCAUUAAUAGUCACUAAUACUUAAUCUCGCUCUCUGUUUAUAUAUGGACAAAGAGUCUGGUA